AAAUUGCUGUUAUUCAUCUACACACGUCGGUCAAGUCGAGUUGAACGAUUCAACUGCAUCCAGUACCCAAGGCAAUUCACACUUCACCACACGAUGGCUAGUCAUAUCAUAUUUGCUAGCACAGUCUUGUGUCUAAUAGCACUGUCUAUUUCUGUUACCGCAUCUCCUCAACCGAUAGGUAUACAAAAAAUGCCAGUAACUGAUGCUUGUUUGAGAUGCAUCUGCGAAGGCGUUGGUCAGUGUCGACCCGACACGAAGUGCGAGGGAGAAGUAUGUGGUAUGUUCGGUAUAACGUGGGCGUAUUGGGCUGAUUCAGGCAAACCGGUUGUAUCAGGAAGUAAACCAAGUGACUCAGAUGCUUACCCGAAAUGUGCUGUAAACGCUUAUUGUGCUAAAACGGCAAUAAUAAAUUACAUGGACAAAUUCUCUGAGGACUGUAAUGACGACGGAGUCGUUGAUUGCUACGAUUACGCAGCCAUUCACAAGCUCGGAGGUUAUGGAUGCAGAGGUUCGCUGAGCGAAGACUUCAAAAGACGAUUCUUGUCUUGCCAUAACCCAAGUAUCAGUUAGAUCCCGUCACAAUAUAUUGGUAUUUCAAUCUUAGAUACUAUUAGGAUUGUCCAGCUACCAACAGUCCAGAUCUUGUCAUAUGCUCAACGAUGAUAAUCUGAACAUUGAUGGAACAAACACCUACUACGUAUAAUUUGAAACACCCUACCUAUCUUUAAUUUUCUUGUGAAAUGUAUUUCUUAUCUACUAUAUUAAAUAUACCAAUUAUGUAUUCUAAAAAGUAAUAAAAAUUUAAUUUGAUUA